GCGUGGAGCCGCGAUUGCGGGUUUCUGCUCCGCAUCAUGGGGUUUGUGAAAGUUGUUAAGAACAAGGCCUACUUCAAGAGAUACCAAGUGAGAUUUAGAAGGCGGCGAGAGGGUAAAACUGACUACUAUGCUCGGAAACGAUUAGUGAUCCAAGACAAAAAUAAGUACAACACACCCAAAUACAGGAUGAUAGUUCGUGUAACUAACAGAGACAUCAUCUGCCAGAUUGCCUAUGCCCGUAUAGAGGGGGACAUGAUAGUCUGCGCGGCCUAUGCACACGAGCUGCCGAAAUACGGAGUAAAAGUUGGCCUGACAAACUAUGCUGCUGCCUAUUGUACCAGCCUGCUGCUGGCCCGCAGGCUUCUCAAUAGGUUUGGUAUGGACAAGAUCUAUGAAGGCCAAGUGGAGGUGACUGGAGAUGAAUACAAUGUGGAAAGCAUCGAUGGUCAGCCUGGGGCCUUCACUUGCUAUUUGGAUGCUGGUCUUGCUCGAACUACAACUGGCAAUAAAGUUUUCGGGGCCCUGAAGGGAGCUGUGGAUGGAGGCUUGUCUAUUCCUCAUAGUACCAAACGAUUCCCUGGUUAUGAUUCUGAAAGCAAGGAGUUCAGCGCAGAGAUACACCGUAAGCACAUCAUGGGUCAGAAUGUCGCAGACUACAUGCGCUACCUAAUGGAGGAAGAUGAAGACGCUUACAAGAAACAGUUCUCUCAGUACAUAAAGAACAACGUUACUCCAGACAUGAUGGAGGAGAUGUAUAAGAAAGCCCAUGCUGCUAUACGAGAGAAUCCAGUCUAUGAAAAGAAGCCCAAGAGAGAAGUGAAGAAGAAGAGGUGGAACCGUCCCAAAAUGUCUCUUGCCCAGAAGAAAGAUCGGGUUGCUCAAAAGAAGGCAAGCUUCCUCAGAGCUCAGGAGCGGGCUGCUGACAGCUAAAGCAAUUUUCUAUGAAGAGUUUUUCAUAAAGAUAAUAAACUUAUUGACCAAGCAAAAAAAAAA